UUGAAGCUGCAGAGAUGCUUCCAGGGUUCGCACAAUUCGUUGUCGCUUUGUCUCCAUUCAUCCGCCCAGUACAAUUCCUCGCCAGAGUUUGUUGAUGUGUGAUGGCUAACAGUAAACAAAGUCUACCAACAGCUCCAGUCCCUUAGACAAUGCUUACUCUCCGCCUUUCUACCCAAGUCCGUACGUACAGAUAUAUAAUUCGACAACAUGGCCGUUCGAGAAGACUGACUUUGUCCAGAUGGGUGGAAGGUCUCGGUGGCUGGGAAGCCGCUUAUCAAAAGGCUCAGGCCUUUGUGAGCCAGUUGACUCUUCUCGAGAAGGUCAACCUCACCACCGGUACAGGAUGGCAGGGCGAGGCUUGCGUUGGUAACACAGGCUCCAUUCCUCGCCUCAACUUCGACUCUUUGUGCCUGCAGGACUCCCCGCUCGGUGUGAGGUUUGCUGAUUACGUAUCUGCCUUCACUGCUGGCGGUACGGUUGCUGCGUCAUGGGACCGAGGCGAGCUCUAUCGUCGAGGAUACCAGAUGGGCCAAGAACACAAAGCGAAAGGUGUUGAUUUGCAGCUUGGCCCUGUCGUUGGUCCUCUUGGUCGCCACCCAAAGGGCGGCGUAAGUCCACCAUGCAAGAAGUGAGAAUUUAACUAACUGCUUACCAGCGUAAUUGGGAGGGAUUCUCGCCCGAUCCGUACCUGUCCGGCCAUGCGAUUGCCGAAACAAUCCGUGGUAUUCAAGAUGCCGGUGUCAUUGCUACGACCAAGCACUUUAUCAUGAACGAGCAGGAGCAUUUCCGCUCGCCUGGAACUUUUGAGGAUUAUGGCAAUGUUGAUGCGAUCAGCGCGAACAUUGAUGAUAAAACUCUCCACGAACUGUACCUCUGGCCAUUCGCAGAUGCGAUUCGUGCCGGCACCGGCUCC